AAAUAACGGUUCACGCCCCCAAGGCUUCAACAUCUUCAUCUCAAUUCUCAACCAUUUGCGAACCCUUUUAACAAUGGUGGCCAACAGAGAGCCCUUGGACGUUUCACGGCACUCAGCCGCACCUGAACCCCAAUUACAUUUCCCGCAACAACAACGGCAGCAGCAGCUGCAGCACUCCCCUUGGCAUUCCCCUGUCCCUUACUUGUUCGGUGGUUUGGCUGCUAUGUUAGGACUCAUCGCUUUUGCGCUUCUAAUCCUCGCUUGCUCUUACUGGAAGCUCUCCGGCUACCUCGACAGCGGCGACGGUACCAAUCGGGAGCCCAACCUGGAGGCCGGCAACGACGACACCCAGAAACGCCCUUCCCCUGUUUUUGAAGAGAAAAUAUUGGUUAUUAUGGCUGGAGAAAUCAAGCCCACGUAUUUGGCUACUCCCAUGUCUAGCAGAUCCUCUUCUUUUGGGGAUACCAAAAGCAAUAGUAGUUGUAGCAGCAGUGCGACUGGUACCGCCGACAAGGAUGAAAAAGAGACGGCGAAACAGAGCAUCGGAAAUCAGGAGGCUCAGAGUAUAGAAAACAAAGAAACUCCUGAAUCUUCAGAUCAGACGACCAAUUAACAUAAUUUUUUUAAAUAAUUUUAUUGGGGUUUGGUUUGUUUUUGUUUUUGUUUUUGUAUAUAUACAUAUAUAUAAAAACACGAGCUUUGGUAGUAUUCUUAAGUUGCUAAGAUUUUUUUUACCCUCUCUGAAAUCUGUAAAUCUAGCUGAGACGGAAUGAAUCUUUUGCCUCUUUGAAAAUCAAAACUAGUUUCCUUCUCUUACACACAAUUGAG